UCUAUCUUCACCCUAGCUUCCUUCUUCACUUCUUCUGGUAGCAUUCGUUGCACGCACACAGACACACACACUCACACUCACUCAACAAUCUCAAUUUUUAACCGUAGGAUUGAUUAAAAUGAGAUCAUCAACAAGUACGUGGAUUUCAUCCAUGAAGUUGUUCCUAGUUUUAUUUGUAAUUGUUUCCUUUGCCAUGGCGAUUAAAUUCUCGACUCCGUUUAUUGUUGAUUUCGUAUUUAAUCAAUUACCAGUGAUUUGGUCUAUAAUUCUGUCAUGGACGAAGCCUCCUUAUUUAUACAUAAUUAUCAACGGCAUCAUCAUUACCAUCGCCGCCACCUCGCGCUUUCACCAAACUACAUCCUUGCCAUCCGUUCCGCCUCAGCGGUUAGUUUCAGUCAAAACACCUCCGCCGUUAGAUUUUCCCUCCUUUCCAGUUCAGCCGGAGAUUAGAGCUGUAGACGUACCCCCACUGCUGGAGUAUGAGAGUGAGAAGAGGAUCGUGGAGGUGAAGGCGGUGCUAGUAAAUGGCACAAAAGUCGAUAUCGACCAAACUGAAGAAGAAAUUGAAGCUGAUACUGAACUUGCCGGUGAAGAUAAGUUUGUUACCUGGAGUUCUACGUGGACUCCGCCACAUAGGAUAAUUUCUCCAGAUGUUCAAUCGGAGCUUCUACUGCCGGUAAGGGAGAAACACUUGGCUCCAUCAACAUUUCGUCACCGGAAAACUAACAGAGCCAAUUCUAAAGGUGCAAAGGUACCUAAAGUGACAAGACAGAAACGGCAAGAGACAUUAGAGGAUACUUGGAAGAUAAUAAUGGAAGCGCGUCAAGUGCCACCCACAAAGUCAGAUACGUGGCAACGCAGUGGGCAUCAGUUGACCACAAGUAGACCGGAUCAUGUACCAAAAUCGAAGACCUCCAAGAACCGUGUGAACUAUGAGUCCCCAUUCGAAGCUCCAUUGAGAUUGUCCUCAAGUACGAAGAUUUCAAAAGAGUCAUCGUUGAGUAAAGAUGAGCUGAAUCAAAGGGUUGAGGCGUUCAUCAAGCAAUUUAAUGAGGAGAUGAGGUUGCAAAGGCAAGAGUCACUCAACCAGAGUAUGGAGAUGAUUAAUCACGAGGUCUAGACUAUACAGAUCAUUAAUUCCUGUUGUAUAGAAAUAAGUCAAUAACCUUCACAGAAGACUUACAGAACUCUCACACAGGGUGAACUUCAUGUGAAUAUUUUAUUGAAAAAAAAAUAAAAAAAAAUACCUGCUGUGCCCCAUCUAGAGGGAUUCUGUGACCCCUCAUGCUGUACAUAUAGUAUGCUUGCUAUACAGAUUUAGAUUGUGAUUUA